GAGAGGGGGUUUUGGGGAGGGGAGUGAGUCUGUUGUGACUGAGAGAGAGAGGGGGUGGGGUGUGGAAGGUAACAGAGAGAAGGAUGGGCCUCCUAUACAGAGCUGCAGUGGCACUGCCAGUCCUGGAUUAAACAGUAUGCUGGAUAAGAGUGAGGUGUCCACGCUGGGCCUGCCGCCCUCCACCAGCCACGGGGGUUCGGAUGGCAACAUCAGCGUGGACGCGGCGGCCGCGGUUGCGGGCUUGGAGGCCGCUGAGAUGCAGCGGACGCGCGCCGCCCUGGAGCACCUGCAGCAGAAGAUCCUCAAGAUCACCGAGCAGAUCCGGGUGGAGCAGGAGGCGCGCGACGAGAACGUGGCCGAGUACCUGAAGCUGGCGCACAACGCCGAUAAGCAGCAAGGGGCACGCAUCAAGCAGGUGUUUGAGAAGAAGAACCAGAAGUCGGCGCAGACCAUUGCACACUUGCACAAGAAAUUGGAGCACUACCACAAGAAACUUAAGGAGAUUGAACAGAACGGUCCAGGGCGUCAGCCCAAGGAUGUCCUGCGGGAUAUGCAGCAGGGCCUGAAGGACGUGGGCGCCAACAUGCGCGCGGGCAUCAGCGGCUUCGGCGGCGGCAUGGUGGAGGGUAUGAAGGGCGGCGUGUCGGCGUUCACGCACACGGCCGUGGUCUCCAAGCCGCGCGAGUUCGCCAGCCUUAUCCGCAACAAGUUCGGCAGCGCCGACAACAUCGCCCAGCUCAAAGACCCGCUGGAAGAUGGCCACGGGCAGGAGACGCCACGGGCGCUCAGUGGCAGCGCCACGCUCGUCUCCAGCCCCAAGUACGGCAGCGACGACGAGUGCUCCAGCGCCACCUCCGGCUCAGGUGCCGGCAGCAACUCUGGGGGGGGUGGAGGUGGGGGUUGUGGUGGUGGAGGUGGAGGUGGGGCGGCCAUUUUGGGCAGCCCCCGUCUGGACGGACACCACCACCACCACCACCAUGUGCACAGCUCGUGGGAUGCCCUGCUGGAGGGGCUCCAGGAGAUCAAGUCCAGCCAGGCCCACAUGGAGGAUGCCAUAGAGGACAUGAAGGGACAGCUGCAGAGCGACUACUCUUACAUGACCCAGUGCCUGCAGGAGGAGAGAUACAGGUAUGAGCGGCUCGAGGAGCAGCUGAACGAUCUGACUGAACUCCAUCAGAACGAAAUGACCAACCUGAAACAAGAACUGGUCAGCAUGGAGGAGAAGGUGGCCUACCAGUCCUACGAGAGAGCCAGAGACAUCCAGGAGGCUGUGGAGUCCUGUCUGACCCGCAUCACCAAACUGGAGCUGCAGCAGCAGCAGCAGCAGGUGGUGCAGCUGGAGGGGGUGGAGAACGCCAAUGCGCGCGCCCUCCUGGGCAAGCUUAUCAACGUCAUCCUGGCCCUGAUGGCCGUGCUGCUGGUCUUCGUCUCCACCAUGGCCAACUUCAUCACGCCGCUCAUGAAGACCCGCACCCGCGUCGCCUCCACUGUGUUCCUCGCCCUCUUCCUCUUCACCCUCUGGAAGCACUGGGACUUCCUCGAGCUCUGGUUGCUCCCCAGCUGAGCUUGCCCCCCCCUACACCCCUCUUCUUCCUCCUCUUUUUCUCCACCUCACCUCUUUAUUUCACUCACUCCUUCCUUCCUUCCUUCCCUCUCUCUUUUUGGUCCUCUGAUUCCAUCACCCAGCACUCCCUCUCCUCCCCAUUAACUGGCUCGGAGGGAGAAACGGAUCUGAUGAUGAAGCACAGACCUACUUGAGACACGACUAAAUCUGCUGCAUGACUACCAUCAGGAGAUAGAAGUUGUGUGCUUUUUUUUCUAAUGAACGAUUUGCACUUUUCCCGGCACGAGGUCGCCGUUUUUAUCGAGCGGCACGUCAUCCUGUUCACAAAAAAAAAAAAGCUGUGACAAUUGGGGGGAUUUGAUGCUGAAAUCCACGAGCUUCGCGAGCUGGGUGGCUGUGAGCUCGCUGUGAACUGCCCGACUUGCAUGCGAAGGCUGACUAAUGAGAACUAAUGGCCAACGAUGACUGAGGCGUGACUGAUAAGGCUGGAAGAAAGAAUGGCAGCCCUUCUGAAGACAUCUGAGAAAGACAAAGACAGAGGAGAUGGGGGGUGAUGGACACAGCUCUGGUUUGGUUAUCCUACCGCCCCUUCCAUCAUCUUUGUAUAGACUUUACGACUGGCAGUGAUUGAACAUCAUGGGCCCCAAUGUGAAUUUUAUAGCCUUUUAAAUUAGAUUUUUUUCUUUUCUUCAUCCAUUGUUGUGUGUCUUUAGUCUCUGCUCUAAACCAAGUGGGAUUUAUUUUUCUUUUCUUAUUUUGUUUGAGGUAACCCUUACAGGGUGAAAGAUAAUCAGAAGAUGCAUUGAGGAUGUGGCAAUGGCCUUGUGUGAUAUUAAGCUAUCAGCUUAUGUGCUGAAUAUCUGAGAAUGUGCUUAUGCAUGCCUGCACUCUGGCAUUCAUGUAUUUUGCAAGGAGACAUGACCAUAGCUUGCUAUGACAGGAGGGGUAAAAACAUUCCAAAGUUGUCAGACAUGCUUGGGGCUCAUUGAAAUUACAUUUAGUUCUCCUGGUGAAUUUAUAUGAAUGAAAUUCUAUUGUCUUUGAAUGUUUUCAUAUCAUGCUUUUUGUGUCUUUUUGGCCUUUUAGCAUAUUGUUCAAGUAUUUUGAUUUCGCUUGAAAAGGAUGAAAAAAGGGUGUGCUUUUUUUUAUUUAUGACAUAUGAUGAAAUAUUGACAGACCUGAGAAAGAACAGCUGAGAUUUAUCUCUACAGCAAUUAACCAUAAUUCCAUAACGCAGCCAGACCAUCAAACCGUCUUUAUAACCACAGUGGUAGUGCAUCAUAGAAUCUAUAUGAUAUCAGAUUCACUGGCAUGUUUCAUCAUUACUCCUUUCUAUCCAGUUUGCUACCAUAGAUCCAUCACAGCUCUCUUGGAUUCUUAAUAAAAGAUUUGACAUAGGA